GCUUUUCCCCAGUCAUAUUUUGAGUGCCUUCCAACCUGAGGGGUUCGUCUUCUGGCACUUCAUUAGACAAUAUCCCGCUGCUAUCCAUAAGGCUUUCACCAGCUGAUUUUUUCAGAAGUAAAUUGCCAGGUCCUUCUUCCCAGUCUUAGUCCCGAAGCUUUGCUGAAACCUGUCCACCAUGGGUGACCCUGCUGGUGUUUGAAAUGUUGGUGACAUGGCUUCCAGCAUCACAGCAACACCAAGCCACCACAAUAUGACAAACUGACAGACGAAUGGUGACCUUGUUAUCGGAUGAAAUUGGUGCAUCCUGCUUUUGUUUCAGGCUGCAUGUACCAAGUAGUUCAGACGAUUGGCUCGGAUGGAAAAAAUCUUCUGCAGUUACUUCCAAUUCCUAAUUCCUCUGGAAAUCUUAUACCACUAGUUCAAUCUUCAGUCAUGUCUGAUGCUUUGAAAGGGAAUACAGGAAGCCCAGUUCAUGUUACUUUUCAGACUCAGAUUUCCAGCUCUUCCACAAGUGCAUCAGUUCAGCUGCCUGUUUUUCAGCCAGCCAGUUCUACAAACUACUUUCUUACAAGAACAGUAGAUGCAUCAGAAAAAGUUAGAGUUACUUCUGUGGGAACUAAAAAUUUUACCUCAUCAGUUUCUAAAGUUCAGAGUCAUGGUGUGAAAAUUGAUGGACUCACCAUGCAAACAUUUGCUGUUCCUCCCUCAACACAAAAUGAUUCAUCUUAUAUUUUAGUAAAUACUCAGAGUCUUCCAAUGACUGUGAAGUCUCCAGUUUUGCCUUCUGGGCAUCAUUUACAGAUUCCAGCCCAUGCUGAAGUGAAAUCUGUACCAGCGUCAUCGUUGCCUCCUUCAGUUCAGCAAAAGAUACUUGCAGCUGCAGCCACAAGUACCUCAGGAACAGUUGAGGCCUCCCAAAUACCAACUGUAAUUUAUGUAUCUCCUGUAAAAACAGUGAAAAAUGUAGUUACCAAGAACUUUCAAAACAUUUACCCAAAACCUGUAACAGAAAUAGCAAAUCCAGUGAUACUAAGUACCACACAAAUUCCAAUGAAUGUUGCUACAGAGACAAAAAGUGGUCAACAUUCUCAAGCUGCUCCAGUGAAAUGGAUUUUUCAAGAAACCCUCCAGCCUUGUACUCCAUCACUUGUUCCUGUUAAGUCUUCAAAUAAUGUGGCUUCAAAGAUUUUAAAAACGUUUGUAGAUAGGAAAAAUUUGGGAGACAACACUGUAAAUAUGCCACCAUUGAGUACCAUCAGUCCUAGUGGGACGCAGUCCAAAAGUAUACCUAUUAAAGAUAAUGCUUUGGUUAUGUUUAAUGGGAAAGUCUAUCUGUUGGCUAAAAAGGGGUCAGAUGUUUUGCCGUCACAAAUUGACCAACAGAAUUCUAUUUCUCCUGAUAUUCUGCCAAGAAAAGACACAUCACAGAUAGUGAGUUCAAGUCCAGUCACAGACAUAUCUAGAGAGGUUGUAAAUAUUGUCUUGGCAAAAAGUAAAUCUUCCCAGAUGGAGACAAAAUCACUUUCAAAUAUCCAAGUUGCUUCCAUGGCCAGUCUAAGGGCAGAGAAGAAUAAAAAGGUGGAGCAACCAUCUCUUUCUACACUAAACCCACAUAAUAUGAACCAAACCAUUAACUGCUUAAAACCAUAUAAGACUUUAUUCACAAAGCCAGUCUUUCCAGAUGGAUUUAGUACAGGACAGAAUACCCCCAGAAAAGGAAAUAUCAUCCAGAGCAUAGAGAAAAUAAAUUCCUCUAUUGAUGCAACAACUGUUCCUUCACAACAGGGUGUUUUCAGAGACCAAGAACCAAAGAUCCAGAAUGAAAUGGCAUCGACAUUAAAAAAAGAUAAGAAAGAAAGAAAUGAUAUGAAAGAUACUCAAGAAGGGAGUAAUAAGGCACUAUGUCUGAAGAAUGAUGCUGAAUUUAAAAAGAUAUUUGGCCUCACUAGAGAUUUGAGAGUGUGCCUUACUCGAAUUCCUGACCAUCUGGACUCUGGAAAAAGUUUUGAUGCCUUUACCAGUUUGGUGAAGGGUGAUACUUACAAAAAGUCAGAGUUGAUGGUGGAGAAGGAAGAGAGAAAACAGGGUUUUGAUAAAAAAAGAAAAGCAAAAACCAUUAAGAAGAUGUAUUAUACAAAGAAGAGAAAAACGGAGAGUACUUGUAACACAGCUAUAAAUGGAGAAACCAAUGUCACCAGUUCCCAACUCCUUAGCAAUAUUUUACCAACUUCAGAGGUAUCACAGUAUAACAGUCUCACAAGCCACAAGAAAACCAGAGAAGGAAAGAGAACUGAGGUAGACCAUUGUAUUCAUGAUAACCAGGAGAAAGGCACAUUGAAUUCAAAUGCAACUUUUGAACAAAGUCAUUCCUUUAAUAAAAAUUAUUAUACUGAAGACGUUUUCCCCAUGACACCACCAGAGUUAGAAGAAACCAUUCGAGAUGAAAAAAUAAGAAGACUUAAGCAGGUGCUGAGAGAGAAAGAAGCAGCUCUUGAAGAAAUACGUAAGAAGAUGCACCAAAAAUAACAAAAUGUAGCUAAACUUAAAGACUUCAGUGAAUACCUGGUUUUUUCCGUAUACUUUUGUACUAAGUUAAUUAUAGAUGCAUUCUGAAAAUGUCUUUGAAUAUGCAAUUUGUUUUUCAUCACUGGAUUGUAAAAUUUUAUUUAAAGGAUACAGAAGAGAUUGAUUAACAUAUGACUUCUGUGAAUAAUCUACAUGGGAUAUCUGAACCUUUGUCUUAGAUGCCUUUUUUGGAAGGAAAAGAUUUGUAUUUUUCACUUAUUUUAAUUGGAAUUCCCCAAGUUUGAAUAUUUUUGCUAUUGUUGUUUGUAUCUUUAAUAGUUAAAUUGCUCAGGUGUUUAACUCCAACAAUAGAUAAUUAUUGUGUAGUAUUGACUUUCUGCAGUCCUAGAGAGAAAACCAGCUCUAAACUUAGCUUUGCCAAUGGGCUUGUAUAUGUACUCACUUUGUCUCUUUACCCAUAAAAUGAAGAUAGCUUCUACUCAACAUAUGUUGUAAUUUUUAAAAAAUUUAAUGAAAGAAAAUAUAUUACAGCAGCAUUAUUAAAUAUUCAGACAUUCUUAAGAAUGUUUUUUAACUUGCAGAGCAGUUUUAUAUAAUCCAAAACAGGUUUCAGAAUUCAGGCUAUAUGAUGUAAUGUUUUCUUAAGGUGAUAGGUUAUUAUUCCUAGGCAGAUACAUCUCUCUCUUUUGUUGAACAUGUACACACUUUACUUGGAAUAAAUGAAAAGUAGAUCUGGUAAGGCAUAACAGUUGGUGUCUAUUCACCUGGAGCAACAGAGGAAGAAGGAGAGUCAGGAAUAGGAAGAGAAUAUUGAAUGUGUGGCUAGUUGCCUCCGCGAACAACUGCCUCCUUUGCCAGGAGACCAGA